AGGAGAGAACAGUCGGUAGAGGGGUGCAAAAAUGCAGAGCAAUAAAACCUUUAACUUGGAGAAGCAAAACCAUACUCCAAGGAAGCAUCAUCAGCAUCACCACCACCAACAGCAACAGCCACCACCGCCACCAAUACCUGCAAAUGGGCAACAAGCCAGCAGCCAAAAUGAAGGCUUGACUAUUGACCUGAAGAAUUUUAGGAAACCAGGAGAGAAGACCUUCACCCAACGUAGCCGGCUCUUUGUGGGCAAUCUUCCUCCUGACAUCACUGAGGAGGAGAUGAGGAAACUAUUUGAGAAAUAUGGGAAGGCAGGCGAAGUCUUCAUUCAUAAGGAUAAGGGCUUUGGCUUUAUCCGCUUGGAAACGCGAACCCUAGCAGAGAUUGCCAAAGUAGAGCUGGACAACAUGCCACUUCAUGGAAAGCAGCUGCGUGUGCGCUUUGCCUGCCAUAGUGCAUCGCUCACAGUCCGAAACCUUCCUCGGUAUGUUUCUAACGAACUGCUGGAGGAAGCUUUUUCUGUUUUUGGCCAAGUGGAAAGGGCUGUAGUCAUUGUGGAUGAAGGAAGGCCCUCAGGAAAAGGCAUUGUUGAAUUCUCAGGGAAGCCAGCUGCUUGGAAAGCUCUGGACAGGUGCAGUGAAGGCUCCUUCCUGUUAACCACAUUUCCUCGGCCUGUGACUGUGGAGCCCAUGGACCAGUUGGAUGAUGAAGAGGGACUUCCAGAGAAGCUGGUUAUAAAGAACCAGCAAUUUCAUAAGGAGCGAGAACAGCCACCCAGAUUUGCACAGUCUGGCUCCUUUGAGUAUGCCAUGCGCUGGAAGGCACUCAUUGAGAUGGAGAAGCAGCAGCAGGACCAAGUGGACCGCAACAUCAAGGAAGCUCGUGAGAAGCUGGAGAUGGAGGCUGCUCGCCAUGAGCACCAAGUCAUGUUAAUGAGACAGGAUUUGAUGAGGCAUCAAGAAGAACUCCGGAGGAUGGAAGAGCUGCACAACCAAGAAGUGCAAAAACGAAAGCAACUGGAGCUCAGGCGGGAGGAAGAGCGCAGGCGCCGUGAAGAAGAGAUGCGGCGGCAACAGGAAGGAUUCAAGGGAACAUUCCCUGAUGCGAGAGAACAGGAGAUACGGAUGGGCCAGAUGGCCAUGGGAGGUGCUAUGGGCAUAAACAACAGAGGCGCCAUGCCCCCUGCUCCAGUGCCAGCUGGUACCCCAGCUCCUCCAGGACCUGCCACUAUGAUGCCAGAUGGAACCUUGGGAUUGACCCCACCAACAACUGAACGCUUUGGCCAGGCUGCUACCAUGGAAGGAAUUGGGGCCAUUGGUGGAACCCCUCCUGCGUUCAACCGUGCAGCUCCUGGAGCUGAAUUUGCUCCAAACAAACGUCGCCGAUACUAAUAAAAAUUUCACUGUCUAGUUUCCCAAAAACCCUCAAAAGAAAGACCCUUUUUGGACUAGCCAGAAUUCUGCCCUGGAAAAAGUGUUAGGGAUUCCUCCCAAUAGUUAGGUCUUCCUUGCCUGUACUACUCUAAGGGAGUAUGCUGGAGGCUGAGGGCA